CCUGCCGGCGCCGGACACGCUGAUCCUCUUCUCUUGGGGCGCUCUUCCCCUUGGCCGACCGUCUCAUCCCGUGCAACUUUGGGACGGACAGUGGCCGUUUGGUGUUGAAUGUUCCCCUCGGAGAGCGCAUGGCUGCGGAAGCGAGGUGCGGGCCGGGCCCGCGAGGGGCCGCCGUAUGGGAGGCGGUGAUGCUACUGCUGUGCUUGGGAGUCCCGACCGGGCGCCCCUACAACGUGGACACCGAGAGCGCAAUGGUUUACAAGGGCCCCGCCGACACCCUGUUCGGCUACUCGGUGGUGCUGCACAGCCACGGGGCGAACCGAUGGCUCGUAGUCGGGGCGCCCACGGCCAGCUGGCUCGCCAACACUUCAGUGGUCAAUCCUGGGGCGAUUUACAGAUGCAGGAUUGGAAAGAACCCAGAGCGGACGUGCGAACAGCUCCAGCUGGGUAGCCCUAAUGGAGAACCUUGUGGAAAGACUUGUUUGGAAGAAAGAGACAAUCAAUGGUUGGGGGUCACGCUUUCCAGACAGCCAGGAGAAAAUGGCUCCAUCGUGACUUGUGGGCAUAGAUGGAAAAAUAUAUUUUACAUAAAGAAUGAAAAUAAGCUCCCCACGGGUGUUUGCUAUGGAAUGCCCUCUGAUUUACGAACAGAGCUGAGUAAAAGAAUAGCUCCAUGCUAUCAAGAUUAUGUGAGAAAAUUUGGAGAAAAUUUUGCAUCAUGUCAAGCUGGAAUAUCUAGUUUUUACACAGAGGACUUAAUUGUGAUGGGAGCUCCAGGAGCAUCGUAUUGGACCGGCUCUCUUUUCGUCUACAAUAUAACUACAAAUAAAUACAAAGCUUUUUUAGACAGACACAAUCAAGUGAAAUUCGGAAGUUAUUUAGGAUACUCGGUUGGAGCUGGUCAUUUUCGGAGUCGGCACACUACCGAGGUAGUUGGAGGAGCCCCUCAACAUGAACAGAUUGGUAAAGCAUACAUAUUCAGCAUUGAUGCAAAAGAACUAAAUAUCUUACAUGAAAUGAAAGGUAAAAAGCUUGGGUCUUAUUUCGGAGCUUCUAUCUGUGCGGUGGACCUCAACGCAGAUGGCUUCUCAGACCUACUUGUGGGAGCUCCCGUGCAGAGCACCGUCAGGGAGGAAGGAAGAGUGUUUGUAUACAUCAACUCUGGCACUGGAGCAGUCAUGAACGAAAUGGAAAUAGAGCUCAUUGGAAGUGACAAAUAUGCUGCAAGAUUUGGGGAAUCUAUAGUCAAUCUUGGCGACAUUGAUAAUGAUGGCUUUGAAGAUGUUGCUAUUGGAGCUCCACAGGAAGAUGACUUGCGAGGUGCUAUUUAUAUUUACAAUGGCCGAGCAGAUGGGAUCUCGUCAGCCUUCUCACAGAGAAUUGAAGGGCGUCAAAUCAGCAAAUCAUUAAGUAUGUUUGGACAGUCUAUAUCUGGACAAAUUGAUGCAGAUAAUAAUGGAUAUGUAGAUGUAGCAGUUGGUGCUUUUCGGUCUGAUUCUGCUGUGCUGCUAAGGACGAGACCUGUAGUGAUUGUCGAAGCUUCUUUAAACCAUCCUGAGUCAGUAAAUAGAACAAAUUUUAACUGUAUUGAAAAUGGAUUGCCUUCUGUGUGCAUGGAUCUAACACUCUGUUUCUCAUAUAAGGGCAAAGAGGUUCCAGGUUAUAUCGUUUUGUUUUAUAACAUGAGCCUGGAUGUGAACCGAAAGGCAGAGUCUCCAUCGAGAUUUUACUUCUCUUCCAAUGGAACUUCUGACGUGAUUACAGGAAGCAUAAAAGUAUCAAGCAGAGUGGCUAACUGUAAAACACAUCAAGCAUUUAUGCGGAAAGAUGUACGGGACAUCCUCACCCCAAUUCAGAUUGAAGCCGCUUACCACCUGGGACAUCAUGUCAUCAGUAAACGAAGUACAGAGGAAUUCCCACCACUUCAGCCAAUUCUUCAGCAGAAGAAAGAAAAAGACAUCAUUGCAAAAACAAUAAACUUUGCAAGAUUUUGUGCGCAUGAAAACUGUUCUGCUGAUUUACAGGUUUCUGCAAAAAUUGGAUUUUUGAGGCCACAUGAAAAUAAAACCUAUCUUGCUGUUGGAAGUAUGAAGACAUUAAUGUUGAACGUGUCCUUAUUUAAUGCCGGAGAUGAUGCGUAUGAGACAACUCUGCAUAUCAGACUACCCACUGGUCUUUACUUCAUUAAGAUUUUAGAUCUGGAGGAGAAACAAAUAAACUGCGAAGUAACAGACAGCUCUGGCAUAGUAAAACUUGACUGCAGGGUUGGUUAUAUAUAUGUAGAUCAUCUAUCAAGGACAGAUAUUAGCUUUCUUCUGGAUGCCAGCUCACUCAGCAGAGCAGAAGAGGAUCUCAACAUCACAGUGCAUGCCGCCUGUGAAAAUGAAGGAGAAACAGGCAACGUGAAGCGUAACAAAGUGACUUUAACAGUACCUCUCAAGUAUGAAGUCAUGCUAACUGUUCAUGGGUUUGUAAACCCAACGUCGUUUGUGUAUGGCCCAAAGGAGGAAAGUGAGCCUGAAAUGUGUAUGGCAGAGAAAAUGAACUUCACUUUCCACGUUAUCAACACUGGCCAAAGCAUGGCUCCAAAUAUUAGUGUGGAAAUAACGAUACCAAAUUCUUUUAUUCCCCAAACUGAUAAACUGUUCAACAUUUUGGAUGUCCAGACUACUGUUGGAGAAUGCCAUUUUAAGAAUUACCAAAGAAAGUGUGCAUUAGAGCAGAAAAAAGGCACAAUGGAGACCCUGAAAGAUAUAUUCAAAUUUUUAUCAAAGACUGAUAAGAGGCUACUGUACUGCAUGAGAGCUGAUCCACAUUGUUUAACUUUCUCAUGCAAUUUUGGGAAAAUGGACAGUGGAAAAGAAGCCAGUGUUCACAUUCAGUUGGAGGGUCGGCCAUCCAUUUUAGAAAUGGAUGAGACUAGAGCCCUGAAGUUUGAAAUAAGAGCAACAGCUUUUCCAGAGCCAAAUCCAAAAGUUAUUGAACUAAACAAGGAUGAGAAUGUUGCACAUGUGCUACUCGAAGGACUACAUCAUCAAAGACCCAAACGCCAUUUCACUAUAGCUAUUAUUUUAAGUAGCUUGCUACUUGGACUUAUUUUACUUUUAUUGAUUUCAUAUGUUAUGUGGAAGGCUGGCUUCUUCAAAAGACAGUACAAGUCUAUCCUACAACAAGAAAACAGAAGAGACAGUUGGAGUUACAUUAACAGUAAAAGCAGUAAAGAUGAUGAUUGAAGACUUCUUUCAAAUUGAGAGAAUAACAGACUCAGGUUACAGUAUACUAAAACAAAUUUAGACAUUGUUUACAAGAAACCGUGAAUUUUGCCUCAGACUUCUUCUGUGUACUUCUUUUAGUCAUGACCUUGUGACAUGUUAUGUCUUAAUGCAGAUGAAAAAUCCAAGCAGUGAUUAUUCUAAGAGAAAAUAACUCCAAAAGUAAUAUUUUAAUAUAUCCAAAAAGAUAAUCUUUCAGCUCUUAAAUGGAUAGAAAAACACUAAAGCAUCAGCUUAUCCAAGAUAAGUAAUCCCUGGACAAUACCUUGAAAUGAGUGCAUCUGAAUUAAAAUUAUGUUGAAGUAAACAACUCGACUGGAGAAAACUUGGACUUUGAGGUAUCAUUCCUUUAAAAGAAAUACUAUUUACCAUAUGUGCUGGCUUUGGUAAAAUUAAUUCCACCAAAUAGGUAAGGACUCAUUUCUAAUAGAUCUUUGAGACUUGUUUGGAAUAUGUUCUCUAGAAAUAUUUAGCAGAAUUUUUGAAAGGCUGUUCUCAAAUUUUCUAAUGAAUAGAAGAGGAACAUUAUCAUUUUAAAGCAUAUUUUAUCUUUAAAGACAUUGAUUUGUAAUAUAUUUCCUAUAACCUUUGAUCAACAACCAUCUAUUCAGCAGUCUAUGAAUACUAUGGCCUGAUGAGCAAACUUCAGACUGAAGUUAUACACUGGUUUGAGCUUAAUGGGAUAAUUUCUGGCUAAUUAUUGUUUAUACAGCUAUGGAUUUUUUUCUUUCUGUACAUAUAUAUAUACAUAAGUUUUUAAGAGAAAAUAUGUUUAUAUAGGUAUAAAUCCAGUAAGUCCUUCUAUAACACAAUUUUAUCAAGGGAAAGGUACUGAAGAGUAAAUUGUAAAAAUCCAUCUUUAAUCAAAUUUUUUGGUUAUAAAAACAACAGUACUUAGAAUUCUAAUUUAUAUUCUAAAACAGAUCGAAUGUUGCACUUUAGCUGAUAUAUGUAAACUAUGAAAACUGUACCUCACUAAUUUUUAAAAAUCAAAGCUCUGCAAAGAACAUAUUGGGGACCAGUAUUUCAUACAAAUUAGAUACUGUUUAAAAUGUUGACUAUCAAAUUCAGCAAAUAAACAAAUUCUUGUUUGGAUGUUACUCCUUUCUCCUCAAAUGUAAGUAUGAAAUGUGUUUUCACCAGUACUAUAAGAGCGUUCUCUUCUUCAGGGAAAUAAAUAGAGAAGCAAAUUUAACUGUAAAAUUGAAAAAUAUAGAUUUAGCUUGUAUCAGGUAAAAAUGUGACAUCAAAAUUUCCAUGUUUUAGUGAUGACUGAAGUAUUUUAAGUUUUUUGUUGGUGUUAUCUUAGACUUUUUAUAAUGAAGUAGUUUUUCUGAGUCUAAAAUACCUCUUCACUUGCAAAUACAAUCACUUUUUGUAAUAUUUAUUCAUGCAUAUGAACUAAAUGCUGGUAAACACCAGAAUAUAAUUUCCUCUGAUUUGUCCCUACAUCUGUCUUGAUAUGAAGGUUGUGGCCAAAUUUUCGAAAUCUGUUACGGGAAGUGAUAGGUUAGAGGGCAGUCUUUACCACUAUGGAAGAGGAUUACUUCAUAGAGGUCCCUGCCAACAGCUGUCUUCCUCAGACCACUUAAUUCCUGUAAGUUAUCUGUUCACAAAUUGGUGGCUGGAGAAUGAAAAAUGCACAGAAACUUGUGAAGGCAUUUGAGCAGCGGGACCCAAUGAGCACGAAAGCUCCUGCAUUCGGGGGUGUACCAAUAGAAAUUAAUUCAAUUUUAAAGAACCCUUUGAACAAAAGAUACUAUUUUUUUUAUGAUUAAAAAACAAGUAGUUCUUUCAAGAAAAUGUCUAGGCUCAUUGGUGGAAAAUCAAAUCCAAAUUUAGAAUUGCUUCCUCAAGGAUGAUCCCUGAGGAAAUUUAAAUUUUGUUCCUUCCUACUAGAAAUGACACCAUUUCAGGUAGGAUUCUAACCAGUUAGAUAGUUUGAAUAGUUUAUGUGUAUUAUGGAUUUCAAAACCCUACCACUUUGAGUUUUCAACUUUCAGAGACUAUUCACCAAAGUGGUACUAUAACUUUUUAAAAAAUCCAUCUUUUUUCUUUUUGGCAAGUAGUCUAGGUAUUAGAGAGCUUUUGAAAAAAUAGUACUAUUUCUGGUUGUAUCAUUUCCUAGCUGUGUAAUUUAAUACCGCUGGAUUACGUACCUCAUCAAGAAAUCAGGACAGUCUUUCUUACAUGAACUCUGUGGUCUGUUGGCAUCAGGCUAUAGGAAAUUUAACAUCAGAAUUGAUGGACUCAAAUCCAGGAAUCCAAAUUAGUUCAUUUUGGAAUUAAUCUAGGUUAAAUAUUGAUAUAUCAUGUUUAAAUUUCAAGUAUAUGAAAGAUUUACUUUCCAUUCCAAUAAAUACUUUCCAAAAACCAGAAUUUAAAUCGUUUUGUAUAUAUUUCAUGUCUUAAAGCCUAGAAGCUAAUUUUUAGUAACAUCAAAAAUAGCAAUUUUAAUUUCUUUUAAAAAUAGUUUUUUCCUUACUAAAAUAUCUGUUUAAAACAUGACAGUAUCCCUUCAUAUUAAAAUUCUAAUUUUCACAUUCCUCUUAUAAACAACUACAUGUUACUUUGGAAUCAUUCGUUUCUUCCAUGCUUUUUCCAUAAAGAUUGAUAAGUCUUGGGUGUACUCUGUAAAGAAUAUAAGAAUAUGUAUGAUUAUUUCAUCAACCUAUCAUUCUGUUAUUUUUCACACAUAACCCCUAUCGAAUGUGGUGCACAAUACCAAAUAGAAAUCUAAUGCUAGCCAACGAGCAUACAUUCAUGGCAGAGCUGCCAUCUAGGAAAAAAUGCAGGGCCUAAUAAAUCAGCAGCAGUAAUUCCUGUAAAGCCCAGUCACCCACGCAUGUAGAAAGCUCACACCUAGCAGGCUACUCAGGGAGCCCUGCACACUUCUUCUACCCACGGAGUCAUAAUGCUUAUCAACAAUAAGUUUGCAUGUUCCCAAGCCUGUUUGUAACCCAUUGCUCUUGUUAAUAUGUAAAAUUGUUCUUACGUAAAGUAUGCUUUGGAAAGACGAUAAAAGCAAACUGCUGAACACAAAGUGUUACAGUAUUUGUUGUGGGUAAAAGGAAAUUUUAAACGACUGGGGGAUUAAAUUGUAACCAUCUGCUAUUCAGAUGGCAUCACAAGGUUUGAGAUCUUAAUCCAUUUUUUAAAAUUCAAAAUGGAAAUUGUAGACGUACAUUAUCUGUAUAGUUUGUGAAGAAUGGUAAUUCAGAAUGCCAACGUAGAGACUCAUAACCAAAGAAAAUGCUUUGGUUCUACAUAACAAUUAGUGAAUAAAUACAGUUACACUUCUUUAUUUAUUAAAAUUGUACAUGUGUCUUUUUAUGCUUCCCUGACUUACGAAUUUAAAACAAUAUUAGCCCAACUGCCUGUUUUGAUAGUUAUAAGGCAGCAACUUCCAUUUAUAUGUCUAUCAGACACAAAACUGAUAGUACAAGAUGGUGAAAUAAUUAGACUUACCUAACAUGGACCUCUGAUGCAACUUCCAUUAAAUCACCAUCUACAUUCCAAGGGAAACUGCUUCCUGUAGCAGUUUCAUGUGGUACGUCUUCUUCCUCUGGAUUGUGUCCACUGCUGUUACUCCUUGGGUGAACUUUUACUUCUUCAACAGUGUAAGUCUCAACAAAUGGAAAAUUAAACUAAAAAAAACAAAAAAUAAAUGCAAAUAAUCUUGGUACUUGCUUUAUCCCUAACUGUAAUGCAAACUAGGAAAGUUCACUGUGCUCUCAUUUGCAAGUAAAUAUCAGUGUGCAUGCUGAUGUUUUCAUAGCUUUGAAACCCUAAUUAGUUCCAAUUUCUUUGGAAGAAGGAGCCCCUUUUCUGCUUUCCUAGCUCAUUUAGAUCUAGCAGCUGGCAAACUUGUUUUAUGACAAAUAGUAUAU